AUGAACAUCUUAUACAAUGCUGUUGCAUUGUCUGCCUCGAGUCUCCCUCUCCUUUGCAAACCCGGGCUCAUAACCUAUCAAGCUGAGGAGGGCCGACAGAAGCUACAAGGAAUAGUAGGGGCCAAAGUAGGAACAGCAACUUGGAUUACAUUCCCUACCAGCAGUGAAGACUAA